AUGAUGCUGUUUGUGGUCUACAUCGCCUGUCUGAAUAAAGCCAGCCGACCUGAAGAGAAAGAAGACGAUCAUGAAAAUCCUGAAAGCAUCCGAUUACGAAAGAUCAAGGUGGCGUUUGAGCAGAAGAAGAACAUCAUCCGACGGAAGAGAGAUGCCGAUCGGUUAGUCGCUUUGGCUAGAAAACUACAAACACCAACGAAGCCAGAGCAAGCCGCUGCAGCAAGAGCACAUGCGGACAGUGAGAUAAAUGCCCCCACUUAG